AUCCCUUUCGUAAAAGAGAGUUGGUAAUAUGAUAGCCCCGGCACUGCUGUUUGGUCACUCGAUCUGUUGUUUACUUCGUGCGAAACUGUGGACUCAACAGAUAUAGUACAAACACAUUACUGUGCUCAAAAGUACCUGAACAUGAAAGCAGAUUUAUGAAGCAACAAAUGACUGUACUGCUGUUUUAGGACUGUCAAGAUGGAUCCACAAAAGGACGUGCAGCCACCCAAACAGCAGCCUAUGAUCUACAUAUGUGGGGAAUGUCACACUGAAAAUGAAAUUAAAGCCAGAGAUCCAAUCCGAUGCAGAGAAUGUGGUUACAGGAUAAUGUACAAGAAGAGAACAAAAAGAUUGGUUGUCUUUGAUGCUCGCUGAAUUCCGAAGUCUGAUGUUUCCUUCUAAUAGAAGGUUAAUCUGUUUUCACCUUUUCCUGUUUAAUUCAGUUUUAGUUUGAACAUCGUCCUGUUGCAUCAUUACUUUCCAUAAGAAAAAUGUAAAUUAUUGCUUAAGUUUGUAAUAAAAAAACAACAUGAGUGGUAUAAAGUGUGUUUUGUGCUGGAAUUGUUGUAUAUCAUCUUUAAAUCAAUGGAAGGGGUUAGUGCAAAAAAGUGCCUCACUUUUAUGUGAACAUAAUUCUAACCCAUUUGGCUACAUAACCCUGAAUUGACCAUUACUGUCUUGAACUCUGCUUAAACAAGUAUAGAUCUGCUUCAACUUGAAAUAUAGUUGAGGGUCAGCACAUCUGAUAGGUACACAAUAAACAUUUGGAUAUGGGCUACAUGCUUCUGUUGU